GUUUGCAGACGACAUAGUUAUUUGCUCGAACAACAAAGGAGAGAUCGAAAGGAAACUGUAGUAUUUGAGAAGGGUUUUGGAAGACAGAUGAUUAAAAAUCAGUAGGAAGAAAUCAUAAUAUUUAAGUUUCUGUGAUAAAAGGGAGGGAGAGUUUAGGAUGCAUAUAAACACCUUGUAAGGAGUCGGAAUCUUUAAAUACCUCGGUUCAACAGUGGCGGAAAAUGGAGACUUGGACGCGGAAAUAAUGCAUAGGGUGCAAGCAGGAUAGAAGAACUGGAAAAGGGUGUCAGGGUGUUGUGUAAUUGGAGAAUAAGUCCAAUGACAGUGGCGAGACUGGUACUGUUGCAUGGAUCUGAAACAUGGGCAACAAAGAAAACGCAAGAAAAGUAGUUGGAUUUUACCGAAAUAAGAAUGCGUAAGGUGGACGUUUGGGGUUACAGGAUCAGGAAUGAAAUAAUUAGAAAGGCGAUUAAAGUCACAAGAUUAAAGACUACAAUGAUGUGGACAUGUGAGGAGGAGGGAGGAAGAGUAAGUGGGUGGAAGAGUGAUGAAUAUGGAAGUGGAAGGUACGAAAGGGAGGAGAAGACCGAUGAGAAGAUGGAGGGAUAGUGUGCGAGACGAUCUGAGAGAAGGGACUGACGGGUGACGAGGUGGGAGACAGGAGGGCCUGGAGGCAACUCAUCAAAAACGUCGAUCCCGUAUGAAGACGGGAAAAGACAGAGUAAAAGGAGACUGCAGGGAUGUUCUUAAUCUCACUGUGACUACUGACGAUGGACAGGAUGACGUGACAAGAAAAGGAAAGAAAUAACCCACACCUGUCACUCCUUCAGCCUACCAGAUUGCUUGUCGUGCACCAUUGACCGAGAGGAAGGGAGACCCGUCGCUUUGGCUCAGCUGUUUGACGUCUUCUCUUGAAACGCACACUUAGUCAUCCUUGGCGACACGCACCCAUUCGUCGCCGAGUGAGACCUUAGGGUCAGAAUGAGCGCCCAAGAGACAACAGCCCUUCUGGGCUAUGGUGGUACGCCCAGGAUCCUGGAGACUCCGCCCACGCCUCGGCGGAGCUUCUUCGAGGCCCAGGAGAGCUCGCAUCACUUAUCAAAGCUCCCUGAGCCUCCCAAGGGCAUCAGCCUCUUCACCGCCAUCUGUUACGUUGUGGGUGUCUUCGGUGUCAUGCCUGUCGUGGCACUUCCCGGUGCGAUUGUGUAUUGUGGCUGGCCUGGAUUCCUCAUAGCGGGUUUGCUGCUGCUGACGGAGGCGUACACCGCGACUCUCUUGGGGCGGAGCUGGCUGUUGCUUGAAGUGUUCUGGCCGAGGGAAGCUGCAGCACAGCGCAGGUACCCGUACCCGGCUCUUGCGGAAAAGGCCGGAGGACCCAUCUUGAGGAAGAUCGUUAGCUGCAUCCUGGACGUCGCUCUUUUUGGUGCCGCUGUUCCCUUCAUGCUUCUGGCUGCUGAGACACUCCAGUCGUUAGUCGCUCGUCUAGCAGGUCUAGAUUUCUCCUUCUGCUACUGGCUUCUGAUCACCACGUUCUUUCUAACGCCUCUAUUGUGGUAUGGGACCCCAAAGGACCUUGGUCUGGUCACUUGGCUGGGCGCAGGAUCCGUAGUCGUCGUCAGCCUCCUCACACUCAUCAGCCUGACGUUAGACGCCCCUGCGACCGCGCCCUCGGCACCAGACUCCACUCCUUCGUGGACGGCAAUAGCAUAUUGCUUCGGCGCUGUGGCUUUCCAGUUUGAUAUUCACCCUAUGAUUUUGACUGUUCAGAAUGACAUGAGAGAGAAGAGCCGCCUGCCUGUCGCUGUCAUUGUGGCCUUCAUAGUUGCAGCAACUGCAUUCGGAAGCGUGAGUAUUGUGGCCUUCACGCUCUACGGCGACACCGUCAAGACCAACAUUUUGAACAACCUUAACGGAGGGCCUCUCCUCUACGCCAACAUGGCCAUCGUCGCGUUCCAGAUGCUUCUGUGUUUGGUGUUGGGGAUCAACACCCUCUUCCAGGACCUAGAAAACACGCUACAGAUACCUGACAGCUUCGGGUGGCGCCGCAUAUGUCUCCGCACGCUGGUGAUGCUGGCGAUCCUGUUCGUGUGCGAGUCCAUCCCUCACUUUGGGGUCGCUAUUGAGCUAGUGGGAGGCUUCCUCGUCACGCCUUUCAUCUUCAUUUUUCCGCCAAUAUUCCACAUACUAAUCAAGAAAAAGGCGAGUGGCCGCGUGGACGUGAAGGACCUGGUGCUGGCCUCCAACGUGGUGACGAUCGGCCUCAUCGGCAGCUACGCCGCCACGUCCGAGAGCUUUAUCCAGGUCUUCCAGCUGACGGACUUCGCGCCCCCCUGCUACAUAAACCUCACGGCCGCCACCUCUUCGGUUCGCCAGGAGUCCUCGGGGUUCCAAAAGCAGGACUAAAGAAGCACAUACAAUAAAUAUGUCCGCUACUGCACUGUAGUGAAUGUUAUUUAUUUUGUACAGAAUUAUAAUUGUAGGAAUGUAUAUGCAAGUUUGCAUGAUCUGUUUUUGUAUUCAUCGUUUUGGCAAAGGUCCUCUAUAAAGUAAUAUGAUUUCCUUCAGACUGCCGAAAAUAGCAAACACUGAAAAUCAAAACAAGAUAAAUUACUAAUUAAUUAUGAUAAUGAUUAUUACAAGCGACAUUAAUCAUAAUACAAAUAAAUAUGAUGAUUGUAAAGAACAAGAGGGCAUGGUGAGAAGAAAAACAUAGUUGAUAAUUAUGGCCAAACCAUAAACCAGGUAAAGUAGGUUAUGAAUCGCGAACCAAAGCAACUUUUUUGCUGCACAGACAUGGAUCGAAGCUUUGCCAUUUUAGAAUUAUAUGGGGUAAAAUUGCAUAAAAAAUACGUAAUUGCAAAUGCAUUUUUAUCUUGUGUAUUGAUAAAUCAAACCACUGCAUCGCAAAAUCUCUGGCUGUACUGUAAUCCAGGUGUUUACCUUUCCAAACCGAAUCAAAAGAAAUACAUGAUCUUUACAAAUGUUCGAACACCAUGUUUAAAUACGUGUUUUGUUGCCUUGUUCAAGAGAUCAUAAGAACAGUUGAUGUGAAUAAAGGGAAUCGACAUUAAAGAUGUCAGAGAAG